AUGUCACAGAGAAGUUCUAAGGAAGUCAGGAAAGUAAACAUUUCGAGCUCCUUGGAGUCUGAAGAUAUUAGCUUAGAAACCACAGCACCAACCGAUGAUGUUUCUUCCUCUGAAGAGAGAGAAGGCACUGUUAAAAUCACUAAGCAGCUGAUUGAACGGAAAGAGUUGCUUCAUAAUCUUCAGCUACUUAAAAUAGAAUUAUCUCAGAAAAACCUGAUGAUUGACAACUUGAAAGUAGAAUAUUUGACCAAGAUUGAGGAGCUAGAAGAGAAGCUUAAUGAUGCAAUCCAUCAAAAGCAGCUGUUGUCUUUACGACUGGAUACUCAGCUGGCUUUACAGCAAGAAGAUGCGAGAAAACAUCAGGCUCUAAUGAAACAAGAAAUGGAAACUGUUUUAUUGAGGCAGAAGCAACUGGAGGAAACGAAUCAUCAGUUAAGGCAGAGGGCUGGAGAUAUCCGUCAGAGCUUGCGAGAUUUGGAAUUAACAGAUGAUUGUUAUGAGAAGCUCAAGUGUCUUCCUGAAGAUCAGCUUUCUAUCCCUGAAUAUGUUUCUAUCCGAUUCUAUGAAGUGGUCCAUUCCUUAAGAAAAGAGUUAAGUGAGCUACAGAUUAAAAAAGAGAGCCUAACAGAAGAACUAAGUGGGUACAAAUCUCAACUGAAGUCUCUGACAGAGAGCUAUGAAGAUGAGAGGAGGAAUCGGUCAGAGCUUGAGGUUAGAUGCCAGGGCUUAACACUGGAACUGGCUGAUACCAAGCGGUUGAUUCAGCAAGGUGAUUACAGACAAGAGAACUAUGAUAAAGUAAAAUGUGAACGCGAUGCAUUUGGACAUGAAUUGUCAGAACUCAGAAGAAAAUAUGAAAUAUUAGAGGUGUCACACAAAGCACAAGCUAAAGAAAGAAAUGAUUUAUCAAAAGAGCUGGCAAACAUACAACAAUCCCUCAACUUGUUGCAAAAAGAUAAAGAUUAUCUUAAUCGCCAGAACAUGGAGCUUAGUGUUCGCCGUGCACAUGAAGAAGAUCGUCUUGAAAGACUUCAGAUUCAGCUAGAGGAUGCCAAAAAAGCUAGGGAAGAAAUGUAUGAAAAGUAUAUUUCAUCCAGAGACCACUAUAAAACAGAAUAUGAGAAGAGACUGCAUGAAGAGUUGGAACAAAUAAGGUUGAAAACAAAUCAAGAAAUCGAGCAACUAAGAAGCACUUCAAAAGAGAUGUAUGAACGUGAAAACAGAAAUUUGAGAGAAGCGAGAGACAAUGCUGUCGCUGAAAAAGAAAGAGCAGUUACUGCUGAAAAGGAUGCUUUACGAAAAUAUGAUCAACUCUUAGAACAGUAUAGACAAAUGCAGCUUGGCACAGAAAGCAAAGUAGCUGAACUUCUUCACCAGAGUAAGUUGAAGUCUUUUGAAAGUGAGCAUGUUCAACUCGUGCAACAAGAAACAGCUAAGAAUCUUUCACAGUGCCAAAUGGAAUGUGAGAAAUAUCAGAGAAAGCUGGAGGUGCUUACUAAGGAAUUUUACAGUCUUCAGUCUUCUAGCGAAACACGCAUUAUUGAACUUCAAACACAGAAUUCUGAGAUUCAAGCCAGGCUAGAUACUUAUGAAAAACUUGAAAAAGAGCUUGAUGAGAUAAUACUGCAGACAGCAGAAAUGGAAGAUGAAGUUGAAGCUGAAAGGGUCCUCUUCUCAUAUGGGUAUGGUGCUAAUGUUCCUACAACAGCCAAACGACGACUAAAGCAAAGUGUUCACUUGGCAAGGAGGUUGCUGCAGCUAGAAAAGCAAAACUCGUUGCUUGUAAAAGAUCUGGAACAUCAGAAGGAACAAGUAACGCAGAUUUCACAAGAGCUGGACAGAGCAAAGACUUUGCUGAGUCAAGUACAACAGCCAUACAAAUACCUCAUUGAAACUGUGCAACAGAGAGAUUCUCAAAUAAGCCUACAGAAAGAACGUAUUACACAACUUGAAAAAGAUACCAGUCUUUUAAAUAAAGAAAAGACAGCUUUGCUGCGUGUCAAGAAUCAAAUGGCAGCAGAUUUGGAGAGACUUCUAAAUCACCGUGAGGUAAUCUUCCUGUUUUAG